UGUACACUUGACAGGGAGUGGGAGGGUUUUGCCGAGAACAGAAAAACGACAAAGCGAGAAAAAUUAGUAUUUUUGCACUUCACAAAUUAAUGACCAUGAGUUCGUUUUUGAUAAACUCGAACUACAUCGAACCUAAAUUUCCACCCUGUGAGGAGUAUUCACAGAACAGCUACAUACCAAGUCAGUCUCCAGACUACUACGAGAGGCCGAGAGAUCCCGGAUUUCAACCUCCCGAUACGCUCUACAAAGGAUCUAACUACACUGAUGCGACAUAUGGCUUUAACAAUGUCCAGGCUACUAGUCACGGGGACGUGUCGCAGAGGGGUCAGGUCCAGUCCCAGCAAGCGUUCCAGAAUCACAUCAGCAGACAGAGUCAGCCCUGUGAAGUUGUCCCAACCACCACACACUGUAGCCUCAGUGAGAAAAACACAACUGGCCAGAGAAUUAAAGAACCCGUGGUGUAUCCGUGGAUGAAGAAAAUCCACAUUAGCUCUGUGAACCCUAAUUACAACGGUGGAGAACCCAAAAGGUCUCGGACUGCUUAUACGAGACAGCAAGUUCUGGAGCUGGAGAAGGAGUUUCAUUUCAACCGGUAUCUAACCAGGCGUCGACGUAUUGAAAUAGCACACACGCUUUGUCUGUCUGAACGCCAGGUCAAGAUUUGGUUUCAGAAUCGGAGGAUGAAAUGGAAAAAGGAUCACAAACUACCUAACACUAAAAUGCGUUCCUCAAACUCAUCUUCCACAAACCAGCAACCGAAAAUUCACUUUAAAGGCCACCUCGAUCCAAAUGGAUCAGCACCAAAUUCAGCAGUGUAGCUGUAGCUCUCAUCACCACUAUGGACCAGAAUAUUAAUGAGUGAUGGAUUAAAGGAUGAACACCACUGUCCAUUUGUUUUUAGUGGGUACACUCCCUACAAAUUAAGUGGACAAAUACUGUCAUAUCUGAAGAACUGGACCAUGUCCGAGUUGUUUCGUUUUAGGGAACUGAAUUGUCUGUAUUCUCUCCUAAAUGCUGGUUUAUCAGUUAGUUAAUGUGUUUAUUUUAAGUAAAGCUGAUGCCGAGAAGGAAAAUUAGAGAUGACACGUAUUAAUACUAUAGACGUCAUUCAUUUCAAAUGUGCAAUGUGUUGGCAUGUUUUGUUAAGACUGUUUAAAUCCUUCUGUUAUGAAAACUGCACAUUUGUGUUUUGUGAACAUCCUAAAAUAUUGCUAGGCUAACUAAACCCAAACAAGAUGUGUACAGUAAAAUAAUUUAAUGUUACUGGAGAUGCUCAAUUGGUUUUAAAUGCCAAGCCCCUGUAGACGUGACACCAGUGUGAUAUCACAAAGUAAGUGUUCAGCUGUUGUCUACUUUAAUUGUAAUAUUGUAAAUUACUUAGUAUUGAAAGUGUCCCAAGUUGUGCAGGUUGUGUGUUGGUUGUAUAACUGUGAUUUGUUAUGUACUUUGUACAGUGCUGUUAUUUCUUAUGCCAGUUGAGUAAUGUAAUACAUUGGGCUUUUAAAAUAAAAAGUAAAAGCUA